UGAUCGUAAUGGCAGACGUCGCCGUUGCAGUUCCCGCCGAGAAGAGGGCACCUCCCAAAUUCAAGCAGAGGACCACUCGCACCUUCAAGAGCAAGGCGCCUAAACCUGGCCAGAAGGGAUUCGGAGACGACAUCCCCGGCAUGGAGGGCCUUGGCACAGACAUCACAGUGAUCUGCCCAUGGGAAGCCUUUGGGGACAUGGAGCUCAGCGACCUGGCGAAAUAUGGAAUUGUUUAGCCCUCUUCUUUAUGAACUCUUACCUCCUGUUAAAACAACUCAUCGGAUACAGCAGCAGAAAAACUUUCAUC